AUGUGGACCAGGAACAUGGGUUUUAGAAAACAGUUGUGAUUUCGUCCGAUCCGAAUUUUAUGGAAUUGAUAUUGCUCCAAUGUUUCCAAGCACGAUUAAACCGCGAAAUGCACAUUUUAUACAGGCUAAUAUUCUUGACGGUUUGCCGUUUGAUGAUAAUUAUUUUGAUUUCGUUCAUUUAGGAUUCUUGUCUGCAUGCUUUUCUGAAGAAAAUUGGACAACUCAAGUAAUUCCAGAAUGUAUUCGUGUAUGUAAACCAAAUGGUUGGAUUGAAUUUUAUGAAGGUGAUGGUACUGCAUUUAAUGGAGGUCCAUGUUAUGUUCGUAUCGUGGAAUCUUUGAGGCAGGAAUUUUCUUCAAUGGGUUUAAAUCUAAGUGCUGCAAUAUUCUAUAAAGAUUGGCUUCUUAAAGAACCAAAUCUCGCAAAGGUUCAGGAAGAAGUCAGAAAGCAAUCCAUUGGAAGUUGUGAUAGUCUUGCAAUGAUCAUGGAAGAAAGUCUAAAAAUCCUCUUUCAAACUUUGGCUCCACGUCUUGCUAAUAAUUUGGGAAUAAGUUUGAAUGAAUUUGAUAAAAUGUUACAGGCUGUUCACGAAGAAUACAACAAAUAUGGAACUUUUAUGAAUUUUCACAGGGUCUAUGCGCAAAAAUUAUCAAUUAACGAACAUGCCCGUUAA